AUGGAACCUCAGAACGUCAGUUGCUAUUUUUUUGGCGAGACUCAUCCAACAAUUUUACCUCUCACCGGAGGUAUCAUUGGUGGAAGUGAAGGGUUCCAUUUCGCAGGAUACCUGACGAUACCCCCACGACCCGUCCUUUACCCACUAUAUCUCAAGCUCGAAAUUACAUUACUUGAUUAUUUGGUGACAAGCACUCAAGACCACAAUCCCACUUACGAACUCAACAACCAAGGCAAAGAGGUUCCCAUUUACAUUGAUCGCCGUGGCCCCGCAAUGACAUUAGACUGGGAAAUCGCCUGGUACAAACAAGGGCCCAACAAGAUCCAUCGAGUCUAUCAAUGGGACAACGCAGAUAAUGGGAAUAAGUACAAGACACUUGCCUAUUCCGCCGAUUAUCCCAUGGGAUACGUCCCUGCGUCCGCUUCUGCUUCUUGUUUCCAGUCUGCUCCCUUUUCCCCGCAUGCUCCUUAUUCCUUGUCUGCUCCCUUUUUCCAGCCUGGUUCCUAUUCCUCACCUGGUUCCUUUUCUUCGCCUGAAUAUAACUAUUCAUUGGCGCAAUUCUCAGAUCUUUUCGGUGCAACCGCGAACCUUUCAGCAUCACCAGAGAUCGAAGUCGCACAGGAGAUGACCAAUAAUACUCUCGCAAUGGUUGAGCCUCUAACUUCGUCACGCAAACAACCUUCGGUUGUGCCAGGAGUGUAUUUAUCUGCACCACAGUCUCCCGUGGGCUCUUCUGUAAACCUCCGCUCUCCUAUGGACUCUGCACCAGAGUCGUGGAUCAUGUCAUCGGCUAUGGAUGCCAGCAGCAUUCAGGUAGAUGAUGGUGCACCGCAACCAGUUGCGCCCGAGACUGCUGUCCAUGCAGACACAUUGCAUACAAUUCUCCCGGAUUAUCCGCUAUGGAGGGACACCCUAGUCUGCCUGCAGCUCAAGAUGAAAGUCAAGGCCAAUAGCUUAAAGUGGCUUCUGGAACACAAGAUUAUCAAGUCACUGAUCUAUUAUUUCAUUUACCACGCCAGCACAACUUCUAGUAGACGAGUCGUGAUUAGCAACGAGGAACCAGCUAUUUUCCUGACCGCCCAACUCCCACCCAUGGAGAUGGUAGCGUUUUUCCUCACUAUCUGGUACAGUGCCCUCUUGGCUCGGCUCAUUGAGUUGAUCAAGGCAAUGAGAACCUUGGGGCUGCCUGUCAACAUCAUGAUGGCAACAUUUCCCCCAGCCUCUACUAUCUAUGCAGAAGUGCUGACAAACGACCCAGCAUACCCAGACCUCCUGGAGGUGCUUGCAAGCAUGUGCAACAUCGAUUCAGGGUUAUUUUCUGCAUCCGCAUCCUUCACGCCUUCAACAAGGCACUUUCUUGCAAUUGAGCAUACCGAGCACGCCCUCAAAUAUUGGCUCCAGACUCAAGGACGUGAAAUUGUUCCAGACCCGCUUUUUGCCACAACCUCCGUGUUGUUUGGAUGGGUUGAUCCCCUUGAUCUUAUAGCUGUCCUCCAAAGGAUGUAUCGAGCUCAGCUGGAGGUCUCGUUGUUCAGUAAAGCCAUUGCAAACUUAUGUGAAGAGCUGAAGACCAGAUGCUGCCCAUCUACAUGGUCAAGGACACAGCUCAUACAGAAGGCUGAAGAGGAUCUGGUCGCAUCCCAAGUGACACAGCUGGCCAAUAUCAAUCUUUUGCCGCAUGGCUUGCCACGUCAUGGCAAUUUGAAGUGGAUUUCCCACAAGCUCACAAAGUUCCUGAGCUUUAUGAACACCUUUCGAGGUUCUGACGCUAUGCAGCACGACAAUGACUUUCUUUCCCCUCUGAUGCAAGCUUGGUUUGGUUGUGUCACAUAUCGUACCUAUAUCACCACAUCCUCUGCAGACUCCAAGUCCAUAUGCAUCGACAACACUGAAAGCUUCAAAGCAAAGAAGAACAAAAUGCCAGAUGCACUCAAGUCCGAUUUUUCUAUUCUAGAGUUGAAGAAACAACGUGCACAAGCUGAAGUAGACAUGUUUUCUGAAGUCAUAGCACACACUGCUGGAAUUCAGUACAGUGAUGAUGGAACGUUCACUUCUCGUGGCACUGCUGGGACAUUCGAAUCACAUCUACCUGCUAACUCUUCCAAAUGGUUUGAUUACUGGUUCGAAGAUUGGUGUUCGACCUCGUCUCGAUUCCGGCAUUUUGAUUGCGGUGUUGUUCGCGAUCCUAUAGGAACGUACAACUGGUCGUCUGUAACUGAAGACGAUUAUCAUCGCACCCUGAUCAUGAACUGCAAUCAGUUCGGACGAGCAAUGGUUCUACACAAGAUACGACACGACUUGACAGUGCUGUCUGUACCACCACAUGGCUCCCCUUCAAAGUCUUUGUGUUUGUCAAAUUGGAGAAUUGCUUUGGGGUUUGGGGGAUGGGACGCUCGGGUUGAAGUGUACCAGAAUAUAUCUCAUGUGGAUCGCCUCUUUCAUGCUGCAAACGACUUUCAUGCUGUGAACGACUUUUGGGUCAAUCGCACUUGGCCACUGGUCACUUCUGGGGUUGGCCACCUCUGGGACCAGUUUCGUCUGUAUGUUGGACUCCUUGUCAAUCCAGCGGUCUAUUGUAAACCGACCAAAGACGAAGCGGAUGACAAUGAUGACAAUGACUGCGAUAGCCCUUCUAAUACUCAGAUCAACGGAGAGGAUACCUUUGGAUUAGCUCCUUCCUUAAAGGAUCCUGCUAGCUCAACUUACUCUGUUGAAUUAGAUGAUCAGGAUGAUGAUGAAGGUUUACAGGCACGCAAAUCUGAUCUGGAAGAACAACACGAGGAGAAGCUACACCUGCUCGCCACGGAACAAUAG